ACAUUUCUAAGCAUUUAUUCAGUGUACAGUCGUCGUGUCGUUCACUUUGUGUUUUAUUUUUCCAAUUUUUUUUAAUUUUAAUUGAUUAUGAAAAAGUUACAAGUUAAGGGCAACGGCAAAGCGCGCAAAGAAAUUGCCAAGAAAAUGUCACCCGAAAUGGAUUCCGAAAGCGCUUCAUCAGAGCCGGAAGGCGAAGAGUCAGAACAAGAUGCAGAAGAGUCCCUAGAUGAGCCUACGAAUGGCUUCACUUUUGACCAUGUGGGUCAUCCCGAGGCUCCAGAGUCACAUCUCUUUCCCACUCCACCGCCCGAUGCCAGACCCAGCACGGCAGCACGCAAGACCAGUGUCAUCUCGAAGAUCCUGAAUGCCAUCGAAGUGUUGGAUAGCAAGACCGGAUCAUCGGUGCAGGCCAUUGCCAAGUACAUUAAGAGCAAUGGCCAUGAAGUGACUGACGAGCGACGCUUUGGUCGGCAAGUGCUGCGAUCGCUGAAGGCUUGCGUUACCAACGGGCAGGUGGUUCAGAUCAAACGUUCGUUUAAGCUCGUCAAGAACACCCCGAAACGGCGCAAAUCCAUGGAGCAAAUGAAGAGCCAUCAAGCGCAGGAAAAGGCCAAAGAAAAGGCUAAAGAAAAGGAGCUGAAGAAGGAGGCCAAGAAAGAGGGCAAAAAGGAGGCCAAAAUGCAGGCCAAGCAGGAGGCCAAGGAAGCCAAGGCCGCCGAAAAGGCAAAGGAAAAGGCAGCUAAACAACCCAGUAAAAAGAAGAAACUGACGGAGGAGAAACCCUCUCCCAAGGUUGCGGCUGCUGCACACGUCACUGCCGAUAUGACAGCCCCAAUUACACCCAAGAUGGAUGCGUCAGCAGAAGCCUCGUCCUCCCCAUCAUCAGAAACAGCCAAGACCAAGUCCAAUACCGACUCCAAAGCCAGAACAAAACAAAAGAAACCACGAAAAUCGAUUGGAACUCUGGCCCAACCCAUGGUCAAGUCCAAGAUAAAAGUCAAGGAUGUUAAGCAGCUGGUGGCCGGCAAGGGCAUGGAUAUGAACGAGUUCGGCGAUGAUGUGGAGGCUGAAUCUGAUAUGCCUGAGGCGCAGGCCACCUCAACACCACAGUUAAAGGGCAAGGCCACGCGAAAGCGCAAGUAGCGGAGGCUCCAAUUUUCUCCUUUUUAUUUAUGUUUUAUUUUCGAGUUUAAUUAAUUUAUGUUUUAUUUUCCAGUUUAGUUAAUUGUUUUGUGAAUUAGAAUUAAAUGUUUGCUCAAG